AUGUCUGAGGCUAUUGUCUCUUUUGUUGUGCAAACGCUCACUGAUCUAUUGAAAGAAGAAGCCGAAUUUUUAGCCGGAGUUGACGGCCAGGUACAGGGUCUUCCGCAUGAACUUAAGAUGUUGCAAAGCUUGUUGAAAGAUGCAGAUGCAAGGCAAAUUGAAGACGACCCCGUCCGCACUUGGGUUGAAGGCGCUAGAGAAGUUGCAUAUCAUGCCGAAGAUGUCCUUGAGACUUAUGUUCUCCAAGUUCAAUCCAAGAGGAGGGGAGGUAUCCUAAACAUCCUCAAAAGGUUCGCUUGCUUAUUGAAUGAAGGUAUGCUCCUACACAAGGUUGGGAAAGAGACCCAAGGUAUUAACACCAGGAUCUCUCAACUCACCGAUCAGUUAGACAAAUAUGGCAUAAGAAGUACAAUAAAGGAAGGAGAAAGCUCAAGCUCUGCGCAUGAAAGGCAACGUCAGUUAAGGCGGUCUUAUUCUCAUGUUGUUGAGGAGGAUUUUGUUGGGUUGGAGAGAGAUGUUGAGAACUUGGUGGUUCAUUUGGUGAAAGAAGAUAGGGGCAA